AUGUCUUUUCCAAAUCCUGCUGCACUUUUUGAAAGAAAUAGUCCAAAUAAUCUCAAUGAAACUGACAAUUUUACAGAAAGUGAAGAGGAUGAUUUAUCUCUUCAAAAAGGUCAAACAUUUGAAUCAUUUGAAUGUACAUAUGAAUGUAUUAAAGCAGCUCAAUAUCAACCAAAAAAGAAUAAGGAUUCUAAAAAACAUAGAAAUUGA